GCAAAAAUAACACCUUGACGCAUACGAGUACCACCACAACAACGACAAGUACAACCAGUACUACAAAGCGUCCUACAACCACAACCACCAAAUUGACUACCACAUCAACCACACCGAAGCCGAAGACCACAUCAAAGCGGCCAACUACAACCACUACAACAACGACAACCACGAAAAAGACUACAACAACCAAGAAGCCGACUACUACCGGCACAUUGGCACCGAAAAAGGGCGAAGAAAAGGACGCUGGCAGUAUUGAUGGAGCUAAAGUACAAAACUGCACAGGCGUUUGUGUAGCCGAUCGCAUUGCCGAAUACUGUGAGGCUUAUCUAACAACCAGCGGACUCUGCACGGCGGGCACUAAAUGUUGCGUCUCACUGAACGAUUACGCCAAUGUGAAACUUCCAAAGGAUAUCUAUGUACCAGCUAAACACAUGGCGAAUUUGAACAAUAUGCAACAUAAAAAUAAGACCAGCGCUACUACGAAGCAAACGACCACAAAG